AAUUGAAUAUGUCAGAAAUCAGGUUAGCAGAUCUAUAGAUUCGUAUCACUUUGUUGCGUGCUAUAAUUAACAAUAAUGAACUGCCCAAAAGAUCAUACUUCCUAGUUUCACACAAUCCGAUUGUUGUUGGCGACAAGCGGGAUGGAGACGCUUUCAUGCUCUGUUUCGGUGUCUCGAGUUCACCGAGUUUCUACAGGAUAUGCCUUGCAAGAUAUUUUAAUGGCGAUAUAUGCAUAUGAAGCCUGUGAUGCAGUUCAGACAGUCGACAAUUUGGUUAUUUAAACUCGUGUCGAUCAAUUUUGCGUUUGCUGCUACUAGCGAUUGGGAUGCAUGUAGUGGACGACUGGAACGUGCUUUGGAUGCACUUCACAGAGAUUCUAUUAAAAAAAACAAAUUAGAUGAAGAAGAUGUCGGAACGAUGUAUCAACGCGAACUACGUUCUGCUCCUCUGGAAAUGUUUGUCUCUCGUAUGGCAGUAAAACUUCUGGAAAACACAAAGGAACCCGGAGGUCACUGGGCGCGAGUGGAACAAUGCUUAUACGAUCCCGAUCGCAAUUCUUUGAGUACACGCGUUGUAUUCAACGACCUGUUGGUGUCCGGAAUGGUGUCUCUAAUGCCACGAGAUAUUCAUCAUGCUUCGAUUUCUGCCGAGUCUUGCAGAAUGACAUUGCGACUGCGACGCGCAGGCAUAGAUUUUCUUACCUCUCCGAUCGCUCGUGGACGUGGCCAAAUGCGUAUACGCACGGAAUCCAGCUUCCUGGAGCCCAGGUUUGCGUCAAUUUAUGCGUAUGGCUGUCGUCCCACGCGCAUCGACAAACAAAUUAAACGACAGGAUAAAUGGCCAUCGUAUCAUUUAGCUAAUAUUAAUAAGGUAAAUAUUGGAAAAGUUAGUCUUUCUCAAACGGACAAAAAGAAACGUCAUAUGCACAUUGCGAAAAAAUAUGUGUAUUGUAGCCCAGAGUAA